AUGGGUGGUCAUUUAUGGCAGCUCAUGAAAGAAAGAUGCCUCUCCUCUCUCUGCAGGACACUCAUGGGACCGUAUGGGAUGGAUCGAACUGUGCACUGCUUUGAAUUCUAUGACUGUGCCAAUGGACUGGGAAUUAAGGUGAUCGGUGGCAUCAAGGAGCUCACUGGAGAAGAAUAUGGAGUUUAUGUCAAGAGGAUCCUGCCAGGGGGUGUUGCUUAUGCUGAUGGGCGCCUGCAGCCAGGAGACCAGAUCCUGGAGGUCAAUGGAGAUUCUCUAAUUGGGGUUACCAGCGAGAGGGCUGUGGACAUCCUGAGGACAGCAUCAGCCACCAGCCACAUGCGCCUUCUGAUAGCCCGCGACGACGAUGCCAGGAGGGAGUUCUCAGAGCUGCUGGAGAAGUUUGGCUCCCAGAGCAACACCGGCUCUGCACGGAGCUCACCAGUCCUGCAUGGCGGCAGUCGAUACCUGGAAAGCACAUCCUCAGGCUCCUCCUCGCGCUCCCAGAGCCCGCUGCUGCUGAGCCCAGCCAGCUCCCACGGCCCCUUCAUCGGCAACCCGGCGCAUGCACCCCACGCUCACUACUCCACUGAAUCAGGAAUCCAGAGCAUUACUAUAGCAAAGUCCUCUGGCUUAGGGCUAAUGGUCAGUGGUGGAGCCAACAGGCCCGAUGGUCCCAUGGUUUACGUCCAAGAACUUACACCAGAUGGUGACUGUUACAAGGACGGUCGGCUCCGACCCGGUGACCAACUCAUUGCUAUCAACAGAGAUUCUUUGGUGGGCAGCACACUGGAAGAGGCCAGAAAAAUUAUUGCAAAAGCCAAAUUCAGACAUGAGGGAAACACAGAAGUGGCCUUUAUUCCUGGAAGGGGACGGUUACAUCCCGGACUGUCAGCUCAUAACAGCAUCCCAUCGCCACCACCGAAGGCUGUGGGAAAUGGGCUGAGCUCCUGCAGACUGAAGGUCCACGUGAGGUCCCCAGAGAGUAGACAUGAAAACCAUUUUCCUGUGCCUUCUUUGUCACCAGAUAUCUGCCCACCAGAGCUCACUGUCUCAGCACCCUGCUCAGCCCCCAGCCUGAGAGCAGCCACGGGCUCCAAACCCAAAGUAGCACUGGAUCCCCACAUUCGCCUCAAGGAUGGCAAGCUGGAGCUGGUCCUGCAAUACCUCGGCCUGGAGGUGACAGAGGAGAAGAAGAGGCAGCUGCGGCAGAGCCUGACCACAGACUCGCAGGGGACGGUGGCCUAUGGAGAUCUCCUCCAAGCACUCAGGGAUGUGAUGCAGGACGAGCUGGAUGAGGCUGGCCUGGACUCCAGCUCUGUGCUCUUCACGCAGCAUGAGGUGGCCAGCCUGCUGGAUACAUCAGCGUUCCACUCCCCGACCCUUGACUCACUCAGCUGUAACGGCAAUGAGGAGAUGGAGCAGCUGCAGCUGGAGAUGACCGACCUGCGGCAAGAAGUCCGAAGGCUGAAGUCUCUCCUGAAAGAGGUGGAGAACAGUAAGAAGUCAAUGGAAGAUGAGCUCCAGAGGCUGAACCAGAAAGCCCUGGGCUUCCUUUCGGAGAACCGGACGCUGCACAGCAAGCUGCAGAUGGCCGAGGUGGUGCAGAGACAGGCGCACAGUGCAGAGCAGGACUAUGAGGAAGUGAUCCACUUGCUGGAAGCUGAAAUUGCAGAACUGAAGAUGCAGCUGGCAGGGAAGAAAGCAAAACACGCCUCUGAGAUAGAGGAGGACAUCCUGGAGCUGAAAAGACAGCUGUCCCUGGCUGAUGGCCAGUUACGGAAAUCCGAAGUCUCACGGAAGCGCCUGGAGAUCUGCAAUAGGAAACUACUCCUGUUUGUGCAGAACGUUCACAAGGUCCUGAGCACACCCAGUCACUUACAGGAUGAGAAAAGAGUCAACAGUGAAACAGAAGAGGAUAAAACAGAGGCAGUCUCAGAUACAUCUCUUCCAUCUUCAGAUCUUGUUGACCUUUUGCUAUCAGAAGCUAAAGAGCUGCUAGCACCAAUGCUCUCCAACAAGGACGCUUCGCCGUGUGACAGGGACCAGUGCCUGCCUGCUGAAGGGCUCCCAAACUACAAGGACCAUCUCCAUCAGAAGACCACGUGGCCUCCUCCUCCAAGCCAGAACAAGGGUGACCAGCUGCAGUCACCGAGCCCAACCAAGGAGCUGCCUGCAAAGCCAACAUAAACCUCCCACAAGCAGCUCACGCUCAGAACUGCGACCGCUCAUAAUGCAGCUGCUGUGCUGGGAGAUGGCAAGGACACACAGCAGGAGCUUCAGCUUCCAGGCAGCCCAGAGAAAGAAAUAAGCUUUCUAAAGUGAGACUGAUUCCUCCUGACUGCUACCCAAGACUUUUUCAGCAGCCUCCCCUGCGCGUCUACCUCUGAGCUAUCGUACAAGGCUAUCUGCUCUUGGUUUUGCAGCUUUAUAGGAAAACUAUUCUCAAGAGGUUACACAGGCCUGGAUUUCACUGGCAGCCUUUUAGAGCUUGGAUCCUGGGUAGUAAGAGGAGCACUGACUUACUCAAGGGACUCAGAUUCCUUUUGGUAUUUCAUACAAAUAACCAAAGCGCAUUUAGUGGCUGUCAUCGAUGCAGCUGAAUCCGUAGCCUGUUAGCUGU